ACCGGAGAAAGCACACUUGAAUUGUGUCUUCUCAUCUGGUACAACCCGACUUGAGAUAGAAUCUGAGAUGAAACUCGCACUUGUUCUUUUGGGCCUUUGCGCCUUCGCUGCGGCGACUCCGGUUGCCAAAACUCCCUACAAAGUUGCUGACAAGGUCUUCUUGGAAAAGCAAAAGGAUGUCCUGAAGCUCUUCAACUACAUCAACCAACCCAGUUACUACAAGGAGUUCGCCGAGAUCGCUGAUGCCUUCAAAUGGGAAGGCAUGUGGGACCAAUGGAGCAAGCCCGCCUACGCCAAGGAGUUCUGGUACAUGUACCAGCGCGACUUCUUGCCCCAGGGUGAGAUCUUCUCCGUGUACUACCCCGAGCACCUUGAACAGGCCAUCGCCCUCUUCAAGUCGUUGUACUACGCUAAGGACUACGAAACCUUCUACAAGAUCGCCGUCUGGGCCCGCCAGAAUGUCAACGAGGGUAUGUUCAUCUAUGCCUACUCCGUCGCCAUCUUCCACAGCCAAUGGACCGAGGGUAUCAUCCUUCCCCCGAUCUAUGAAAUCUACCCUCAUUACUUCUUCAACGAUGAGGUCAUCUACAAGGCCCAGCAGUACAAGCAGCACUAUUGGGGAACCUACGAACAUGAGGAAGAGAUCAAGGAUUCCUUCAAGGGAUACACCCUUCAGGCUAACUACUCUGGCUGGUACAUGAAUGUCCACCCUGAACAGUCUAUGGCCUACUUCACUGAGGAUGUUGGUGUCAACUCGUUCUAUUACUACUACAACAUCUACAUGCCCUGGUGGAUGCCCGCUGACAUGAUGGACGAUGUCGAGGAGAACAACCGCGGUGAAUACUUCUACUGGUUCCACCACAACAUGAUGGCUCGUUAUUAUCUUGAGCGUUUGUCUAAUGGCAUGGGUGAGAUCCCUCACUACUCCUACGAAUACCCCAUUGAGACUGGAUACUACCCAAGCAUGCACUACCCCAACGGUCUUUCCUUCCCCAGCAGACCCAACCAUGCUGAGCUUUACUACCACGGUGCCCAUGGCAAGCAAUCUUACCCCCACUACGGUAACUACACCUACAGCUACACCUACGUUAAGGAUUACGAGAUGCGUCUUCGUGAUGCUCUUGACCGCGGUUUCUUCUGGACCCCUGAGGGUAAGAUGGUUUACCUCUUCGACAAGUACGGUUUCAACACCUUGGCUAACCUCGUUGAGUCCAACUACGAUUCUGACAACAACCGUUACUAUGGUGACCUCCUGAUCUUCGCCCGCCAUCUUCUUGGUUAUGCUUACUACCCAACUGAUGAGUACCAACUUGCUCCUGCUGCUUUGGAACACUUCGAGACCUCCCUUCGCGAUCCCAUGUUCUGGCAGAUGUACAAGCGCGUCAUGUACUACUUCCACCAAUACCAGGAAUACACCGGACCCUAUGAGAAGGAAGAGCUCAUCUGGGAAGGCAUCAAGAUUGAAGACAUCACCGUUGACCGCCUGAUGACCUACUUCGACUACUACUACUCUGACCUGAGCAACGCCGUCACCGUCGACGAGAAGGAAUUCAACGACGAUAGCUUCCUCAUCCGUGCCCGCCAAUACCGCCUGAACCACAAGCCCUUCAACUACAAGAUCGCAGUCACCUCCGACAAACCAGUUGAGGCUUUCGUCAAGGUCUUCAUUGGCCCCAAGUACGAUGAAUACGGACGCGAAAUCGACAUGGACCUCAACCGUCACAACUUCUUUGAAUUCGACCGCUUCCACUGGACCCUCAAUGCUGGUAAGAACAUCAUCGACCGCAACUCCCAGGAGACCAUCUACUUCUCCCGUGACCGCACCACCUACUUGGACAUCUACAAGCAUGUGAUGAGCGCACUCAGCGGUGGCGAACAGUUCAAGUACUACGACUGGAACAUGUACUACACCUUCCCUCAGCGUAUGCUCCUCCCCAAGGGUGACUUCGCUGGCAAGACCUACCAGUUCUUCGCUGUGGUCGUGCCUUACCAUGAGGCCAAGCCUGAGUACGAGUACUUCGUUGACACUGAGUACAGCCUGUCUUAUCCCUUCGAUCGCCCAAUUGAGUACGAGCAGUGGUUCAUGGAUCUGCCCAACAUGUUCUUCAAGGAUGUUCAAAUCUACCACAAGCACACCGAGGCUGAGAUCAACAACUCUGGCAGCAACUAUAGAGGAGUAUAUAAGCUGCGGGCGGAAUCGACAAAGGCACACUUGUGGUGUCUCAAGAAUUCAAGCAUCAUGAGGACGACAAUUGCGCUCAUCGUAGCUGGCCUUUGUGCCUUAGCCAUUGCUGGACCCGUCACUAAACCAUACUACAAAGUUGGUGAUAAGGUAUUCCUGGAAAAACAGAAGGAUGUCCUCCGCCUGUUCAACUACAUCAACCAGCCCAGCUACUACAAGGACUUCGUAGAGAUCGCCGAUGCCUUCAAAUGGGAAGGCAUGUGGAGCCAAUGGACCAAGCCCGAGUACGCGAAGGAGUUCUGGUACAUGUACCAGCACGACUUCCUGCCCCAGGGUGAGAUCUUCUCCGUCUUCUACCCGGAGCACCUCGAACAGGCCAUCGCUCUCUUCAAGACCUUCUACUACGCUAAGGACUACGAGACCUUCUACAAGACCGCCGUCUGGGCCCGCCAGAACGUCAACGAGGGUAUGUUCAUCUAUGCCUACUCCGUCGCCAUCGUCCACAGCAAGUUCACCGAGGGUAUCAUCCUACCCCCGAUCUAUGAAAUCUACCCUCACUACUUCUUCAACGAUGAGGUCAUCUACAAGGCCCAGCAGUACAAGCAGCACUAUUGGGGAACCUACGAACAUGAGGAGGAGAUCAAGGAUUCCUUCAAGGGAUACACCCUUCAGGCUAACUACUCUGGCUGGUACUUGAAUGUCCACCCUGAACAGUCUCUCAGCUACUUCACUGAAGAUGUUGGUGUCAAUGCUUACUAUUACUAUUAUGGUGUCUUUGCUCCCUGGUGGUUGCCUAGCGAGAUCAUCGAUUACGAGACUUCCCACCGUGGUGAAUACUUCUACUACUUCCACCAGCAGUUCUUGGCCCGUUAUUACCUGGAACGUUUGUCCAAUGGCAUGGGUGAGAUCCCUCACUACUCCUACGAACACCCAAUUGAGACUGGAUACUACCCAAGCAUGCACUACCCCAACGGUCUUUCCUUCCCCAGCAGGCCCAACCAUGCUGAGCUUUUCUACCACGGUGCCCAUGGCAAGCAGUCUUACCCCCACUACGGUAACUACACCUACAGCUACACCUACGUUAAGGAUUAUGAACGCCGUCUUCGUGACGCUCUUGAUAUGGGCUACUUCUGGACCCCUGAGGGCAAGAUGGUCUACCUCUUCGACAAGGAAGGUUUUGAGACUCUGUGCAACCUCGUUGAAUCCAACACCGAAUCCGACAACGAACGUUACUAUGGUGACCUUUUGGUCUUCGCCCGCCAUCUUCUUGGUUAUGCUUACUACCCAACUGAUGAGUACAAACUUGCUCCCUCUGCUUUGGAACACUUCGAGACCUCCCUUCGCGAUCCCAUGUUCUGGCAGAUGUACAAGCGCAUCAUGUACUACUUCCACCAAUACCAGGAAUACGCCGGACCCUAUGAGAAGAAGUCCCUCUUCUGGGAAGGCAUCAAGAUUGAAGAUGUUACCAUUGACCGUCUCAUCACCUACUUCGACUACUACUACUCUGACCUGAGCAAUGCCGUCACCGUCGACGAGAAGGAAUUCAACGACGAUAGCUUCCUCAUCCGUGCCCGCCAAUACCGCCUCAACCACAAGCCCUUCAACUACAAGAUCGCAGUCACCUCCGACAAACCAGUUGAGGCUUUCGUCAAGGUCUUCAUUGGCCCCAAGUACGAUGAAUACGGACGCGAAAUCGACAUGGACCUCAACCGCCACAACUUCUACGAAUUCGACCGCUUCCACUACACCCUCACCGCCGGCAAGAACUUCAUCGAGCGCAACUCUCAUGAAUCCAUGUACUUCUCCCAUGACCGCACCACCUACCUGGACCUCUACCACCAGGUGAUGACCUCCAUCAACGGUGGCGCCGAGUUCAAAUACUACCCGGAGACCAAGUACUACGGUAUGCCCCAUCGCAUGCUCCUCCCCAAGGGUGACUUCGGCGGCAAGACCUUCCAGAUGUUCUUCGUGGUUGCUCCCUACCACGCCAACACCAAGUCUGCUGACUACCAAGACAACUUCGGUUUUGACUUCCUGGUUGACCACGAGUACAGCUUCGGCUAUCCUCUGGAUCGUCCUAUUGAAUACGAAGAUGAGUUCUUCAACUACUCCAACUUCUUCUUCAAGGAUGUCGCCAUCUACCACAAGAACACCGAGGCCGAGAUGAACACCGCCUAUAGCCAGCAUUAAAGAGACUUGUCUUUGUCAUGCUUCUAAGAUACAACAAAUGUCAGCCUAGUUUUAAGUAACGAGCAUAAUAAAAAACCCAAAAAAAAAAACUCUCUCAGCCUA